AACGCCACCCCUCCGCCACUAUUGUAGUAUAAACCCUAGUCCCCGAUUCCUCAGCCACACUCAUAUCUCACAUUUCAAACUCGUCAAAAAUGGCCUACCAACGCAAGAAGAGCCUGCUCAUCGGUAUUAACUAUGUCGGCAGUAGCCACGAACUACGCGGCUGCCAAGCCGAUGUAGACAACAUGGCUGAGUUCCUUUACUACCGUGGCUACAACAACUCUCCAAAGGACCGCGUUAUUUUGACCGACCGCCCUGAAGUCCCACCCGACUCUCCCUAUUACCCCACCGGCCAUAAUAUUCUUGCGGCAAUGGACUGGCUCGUCUCGGAACCUGGAUGCACUCUCUUCCUUCACUACUCGGGUCACGGCGGCCAAGUUGCGGAUACGGACGGAAACAGGACGACGGGUCUGGAUGCAUCCCUUGUUCCCGUCGACUUUGAGCAGAGAGGUCAGAUUUCGAGUACGAUUCUGCACCAGCAUCUUGUCACCCGUAUGGCACGUGAUUGUACACUCUUCGUAAUAAUGGACUGCUGCCACUCUGGAAGUGCGCUAGAACUCCCCUAUGUUUACCGCUCCGACAGUGAUGGCCAGAUUAGUCUGAUGGACAAUCUGAAAACUGGUUUACAUCUUGCAGAAGAAGCCCGCGAUAUCAUCUCAGGUGGCUUUACGUUCGACAAGGUCGGCGAGGCGCAACAUCUUCUUGCUGGAGCCAGCAGCUUUUUCAAGGGUCUUAGACACAUGGGCGAGGAGCAAGGGGAAGGGCUUGAGGACGGAGAAUUUGCUCGCCAAUACGGCAACGAACGAAAAAUGGUCACCAUGUUCUCUGGCUGCAAAGAUGAGCAGACAAGUGCUGAUGCGCAUAUUCAAGGCCGUGCAACCGGAGCCAUGACUUGGGCGUUUCUAGAGAUGAUGAAGAGUACGGAACGCCCGAGCUAUGCUGAGACCCUCAAAUUCAUAAGAAGGCUGCUGGAUCAAAGCCACUAUACCCAGAUUCCCCAGCUGAGCUGUGGGCUGGAUAUUGAUCUGGACGAGAUGGCACUGGUGCUAUAACCUUGAUGAGUUAUGCAAAAAAAAAGUGGCCAGUACCCACCAAACACAAUCUGCUGAUACAUUGCCACAACUUGACAUUAGAAAUAGAACUAGCGAUGACCUAGCAACAUACUGCAUUUU